AUGGAAGAAAUAUCCACACGUAGGCGAGACCAUGCACAAAGCACAUCAGAUCGCUGUAGUCUGGUGUUGUGCGAGCAAUUGGUGAUUCUUCUGAGAACAAGAAACGAAAUAAAGUUUCUGUGCAAUCGAGUUUCGCUGUCUCUCCGAGCAUGCAUAAUAGUUGAUCUUGCACUUAGAAAAUCCAUAGAGCUGGUUGAGGGCAAGGUUGUUGGAAAAGCCCAGCCAGUGGGUAAUCCUCUUUUGCAGGAAGCCAUGGGCAAGAUAUACAUGGCACAGCUUCCUCCGGACGAGCUCAUGUACAGACUGAAUGGAGAAAAAAGGGGAGGAAGCAUUCAUAUGAAGAAUGUCCGACGAAGGGUUUAUAAGAGCCUUGAGGAAAAGCGCAUAUGCAAAGUUGGAAGCAAAAACAUGAUAUUUAACAAGAUAACAAUGUGUGAUUACAAUGUGAGAGUUGAGUUGAUAAAUUAUAUCAAGCUGUAUUUGGUGAAUGGAAAUGAAGAUGACUACAAGGCAGAAGCAUUGGUGGUGUGUUUGAUAUUUUGUUGUGCACUGGAUAGCAUUCUCGUGUGCAUGACAGAAAAAGAAGCAAUUGCAUCUGAAGUCAGUAUCAAAAGGAUCAGGGAGAAAUAUAGCAUAAAGAGACCACCUACAGGUGCAAUUAUUCCAGUCGUUCUCAAUGCGCUUCUGAAUGCAUAA